GGCUUGGGCAAGACGCUACAAACCAUCGCCCUCCUAUGGGCCCUGACCAGACAGUCCCCUUUCCAGCACCGGUACGCCGACGUGGAAAAAGCCGUGGUCGUCUGUCCGUCCUCUCUCUUGAACCAGUGGGCCGCUGAACUCAAGAAGUGGCUACAGGUCCGGCUCUCCUUCAUGGUCGUCGACUCCGCCAUGGGGAAAGCACUCGGGAAAGGGGAUGCCAAGGAGCAGGUCAACACCUUCUGUACUUCCUCGGGGCAGCAUUCCACCGUCCUUUUUAUCUCCUACGAGGGGUACCGCAUCCACGCGGCGGCUUUGAACGCUUGCCAACAGAUCGGUCUCUUGAUCUGCGACGAGGCACAUCGGCUCAAGGAGGGGGCCAGCAAAACUCUGGUCGCCUUGGCCGCCUCCCCGGCACAAGCGAGAUUGGCCCUGACGGGUACUCCUGUUCAAAACGACUUGGAGGAAUUUUACUCGCUGGUUGAUUUCGUCAAUCCCGGCGUCCUUGGCCCUCUAUCCAGCUUCCGAUCCAACUAUAUCUCUCCUAUCCUUCGCGCCCGCGAUCCCAAAGCCUCUUCUGUGACAAAGCAAUGCGGCGAGCAACGUACUCGUGAGGUCAUGGCCCUGGUCUCUCGCUUCUUUCUCCGACGCACCGCCGCUGCUGUCCUCAAGACCCUUAUUCCUCCCAAGACGAGCCUCGUCGUUUUCUGCCGACUGGCCCCGGUGCAGCGAAAACUCUAUCAGGAGGUGGUGAGGAUUGGGCUCAUGCCGGGUGUCAUGGGACACGAACCGGCAGUGGCCUCUGCCUUGGGCUUGAAGAUGAUUGAUGCACUGCGCAAAAUAUGCAACCAUCCAUGUUUUUUUUCAACGGAAGUGUCCCCUGAAAGAAGUGAGGACAUCGGGCGCGAAGGGGAAGGAAGAGGAGGUUUAAGCGAAUCGGCAAUAAUUAAAAUUUUGCGGACGACGAGGUCUAAUUCUGCGGCGGAUUUAGAUGAGGACAAGAAAGGCGGCAGCAAGUCGGGAAAGAUGGGCGGGGGAAAGAAGUCUGCGGGGGGGCAAACGAGAACGAGCUUGCGUUGUCCGAUUGGCAUGUCAGGAAAAUUGGCGGUGACAGAGGAGCUCCUGGAAGCUAUUUACGCGCAAACAGCUGACCGCGUGGUGGUCUGCUCUUCCUACACACUUUCCUUGGACAUGCUUCAGGACCUAUGCCAGGCGCGAGGAUGGCACGUCCUCCGCCUGGACGGCUCAGUCUCAAUCUCUCAGCGACAUGGGCUUGUGGAAGCUUUCAAUAGGGGCGCCGGUUGCCCGGCGCGGGAGAAGGAGGAUCCAUUCGUGUUUCUACGUACGUGUCACUGGGUGGGAGGGGCAAGACGGCUACGGACUUGA